CGAAGAGAGAGAGAGAGCGACGUCGUCCAUGACUUGACCACAGACAUCAACGCCUUGACAACAUUAUUGGCAGCAAUGUCGAGAGAAAACACCACUCGAAGUUUGGACAGCAUAGACCUUGCUGCGUUGAGGGACCCUGCAGGUAUAUUUGAGCUGGUGGAGGUGGUUGGCAAUGGAACAUAUGGUCAAGUGUACAAGGGUCGUCAUGUCAAAACAGGCCAAAUGGCAGCUAUCAAAGUCAUGGAAGUCACAGAGGAGGAAGAAGAGGAAAUAAAACUGGAGAUCAACAUGUUAAAGAGUUACUCCCACCAUAGAAACAUCGCUACUUAUUAUGGAGCUUUUGUUAAGAAAAGUCCUGCUGGACAGGACCACCAGCUCUGGCUGGUGAUGGAGUACUGUGGAGCCGGCUCGGUGACAGACUUGGUAAAAAAAACAAAGGGUAACUGUCUGAAAGAGGACUGGAUUGCUUACAUCUGCCGAGAGGUGCUCAGGGGUCUUUCCCAUCUCCAUUCCCAUCAUGUGAUUCACAGGGACAUUAAGGGACAGAAUGUUUUGCUUACAGAGAAUGCUGAAGUAAAACUUGUGGAUUUUGGGGUUUCCGCACAGUUGGACAAGACGAUUGGUCGAAGAAACACCUUCAUCGGUACUCCCUAUUGGAUGGCUCCAGAGGUUAUUGCCUGUGAUGAAAAUCCAGAAGCCACAUAUGAUUACAGGAGUGACCUCUGGUCUUUAGGCAUCACUGCUUUAGAAAUGGCAGAAGGAGCCCCACCUUUGUGUGACAUGCAUCCAAUGAGAGCUCUGUUUCUGAUUCCACGCAACCCUCCGCCAAGACUUAAGUCCAAAAAAUGGUCCAAGCGCUUUCUGUCAUUUAUUGAUAGCUGUCUAGUUAAGAACCAUCUGCACCGGCCCACAACGGACGUCCUGCUGAGGCAUGCCUUCAUCCGAGAUUUGACUAAUGAGAGACAAGUUCGCAUCAUGCUCAAAGAUCACCUCGACAGAACCAGAAAGAAAAAGGAGAAAGAGGGUCCAGAGUAUGAAUACAGUGGAAGUGAAGAGGAAGAAGACGAGGUCACAGACGAGGAAGGAGAACCCAGCUCCAUAGUGAAUGUUCCUGGCGAAUGGACCUUAAGGCGGGAGUUUCUGCGUUUACAGACAGAGGAUCGAGAAGAGAGCCAACAUAGGGGCCACAGAGUUGGUGGGGAUCAGCAGAGACAACAGCAAAUAGCUGAGCAAGAACAAUACAAGCAGCAGUUACUGGCUGAUCGACAGAGGAGGAUCCAACAACAACAUGAGAAACGACAAAUGUUAGAAGAUAGGCGACAGCUGUCAGACGCUGCCUUUCACUGGGCACAACUACAAGAGCUUAUACUUGGGGAGGAAUCUGAUAACCAUGACAACAGAAUCCUAAAGAAUGACAGAUAUCAGAGAAAUGACAGGAAACAGGACCAUGCAGACAGACAAUGGAAUGCUGAUGUGUCCGUAAGGCCCCUAGACUCAGAGCAGAGAGCUGUGGCUCCAAAUCAGCUGCUUCAGCUUAAGGCCAAGCACUUGCAGCCUCAUCUCCAGUCACCAGCCAAGCCCCAGCCUCAGCAGCCCUCAUCAGGCAGGAGAUCCCACCGCACCCUGCCUAAAGACCAAACGCAGCUCCUGUCCCUGCAGCAUGACCACAGACAGAGAGAGAGGGAGAGGGAACAGGAGAGGCAAAGAGAAAAGCCAGAGGCAGCUUUCCAAAAGCUAAUGGCUAACAGCGGGAACAUGGGCGCUCCUGGCGCUACUGCCGCUGCUUCCUUGUCCAGCUGCCCCGCAAACUGCCAGCGCUCAGCGAUGGACUACCAGGACUCAGAUUUAGCCAGGAUGCUUUUAGCUACGGGCCUGCCCAGCGAGAUGCACUCAAGGCUAGGCUCUGGUAGCAGUUCUAGUCCUUGUACCCCAGCCAUGCAGAGAGCUCACACUAACCAGAAUGCCAAUUUGCGCUCAAGUCGACUUGCCCCUCACAGUAGCUCUAUGUCAGAUAUGGCAAUAUCAAUUUUGUCCCCUUUCACGCCUGUGUCACCCUCUGAUGAUGUGUUCUGGGACUUGGAAACACCACCCAAGGUCCCGGAACGUACUACCUCUAAGUUCUACUGCAGAGAACUAGUGAAGGGACACAACACGGCAGCUUCCAGUGGCAGUCCUAUGCUAAUGACAGAUAAAGGUUUAAGGUCUGUGUCUCUUGGGGUUUCUAUCGGCACUAAUCGUCCAGAUCACUUCAAGCUGGAGAGUCCACGUGUGCAGCAGCGUCUUCAGCAGCACAAACGGCAGCAGAACGACAUCACUGGCAGACAUUUACAAGGUGUCAAGACUGUUCUGAGCCCAUUCAACAAGGCCACAGAAUACUCCUCCUCCAGCGAUGAGUUUGGGAGUAGUGAUGAAGACGAGAGGAACAGUUGUGGCCUCCCUAAUGGAAAGGGAGAGAAAUACUUCAAACAAAUACCAGAUGGCAUUGUGCUGCAGCCUCAUCACAAUCUUAACCAGAUUUCUCAGAUGUCAUCAGAUGAUACCUACAUGCUGCCAGACCUUCUGCAGAAAACAUCUUCAUCAAGUCCUUCUCGCAACGCACUAAACCAGCAGCAGCGAACACGAGAACAGAGUUACACGCAAUCUCCCAUGGCACCGCAAUCCCCCACACGCCGGGAGCUAAAUGCUUUCAGCAGUCCAGCUAGUAAAAACACCUCAUCUACCUCUUCCACUUUCUUCUCCUUCAUUGAUCCAAGAUUGACCCCAAUAUCUUCGCCACCACAGAGCCCAACAUGCAGUAAGGGUGACCCAGUCAAGCAAGAGAACCAUAGGAAGGGUUCUGUAGUGAAUGUGAACCCAACCAAUAUUCGACCACAGAGUGACAGUCCUGAGAUUCGCAAAUACAAGAAGAAAUUCACCACAGAGGUGCUCUGUGCCGGACUGUGGGGAGUGAAUCUGUUGGUGGGGACGGAAAAUGGUCUUUGGCUGCUGGACCGAAGUGGUCAGGGGAAGGUCUACUCACUCAUUAGCAGAAGACGGUUUCAGCAGAUGGAUGUGCUUGAAGGACUCAAUGUGCUCAUUACUAUAUCAGGUAAAAAGAACAAGCUCCGCCUUUACUACCUUUCCUGGCUGAGAAAUAAAAUCCUUCGGAAUGACCCGGAAGUGGAGAAAAGACAGGGUUGGACAUCUGUUGGAGAUCUGGAAGGUUGUGUCCACUAUAAAGUGGUGCGUUACGAGAAGAUCAAGUUCCUUGUCAUUGCUUUGAAGAAUGCAGUGGAGGUUUACGCUUGGGCACCCAAACCCUACCAUAAGUUCAUGGCCUUUAAGUCUUUCAGGUCUUUACCACAAAAGCCACUGUCUGUUGAUCUGACAGUGGAGGAAGGUCAAAGGUUAAAGGUCAUCUAUGGUUCCUCAUCUGGUUUCCAUGCUAUUGAUGUAGACUCUGGUACACCGUAUGAUCUCUACCUGCCCACACAUAUCCAGGGUUCCAUCCAUCCGCACGCCAUCAUCAUUUUGCCAAACAGUGCCGGAACAGAGGUUCUUGUUUGCUACGAAGACGAAGGAGUCUACAUUGACACUUACGGCCGAAUCACCAAGGAUACGGUGUUGCAGUGGGGAGAGAUGCCCGCAUCUGUCGCUUACCUACAGUCCAAUCAAGUGAUGGGUUGGGGAGAGAAGGCCAUUGAGCUCAGGUCUGCCAACACGGGAAACCUGGAGGGAGUUUUCAUGCACAAAAGGGCCCAGAAACUCAAGUUCUUGUGUGAAAGGAAUGACAAGGUCUUCUUUGCAUCAGUGCAGUCAGGAGGCAGCAGUCAGAUUUACUUCAUGACGUUGGGUCAGAACUCUCUGUUCAACUGGUAAUGAACUGGACGCGUGGCGGAAAGGUCAGCUGCUUGUGCAGGCCUUCAUCAGCUCGGAUUUUCACGCUUGCGUACAGUUUGUCACAUCGUGCAUGGGACAUUAGGCCAAGAAGAGCUUUCCGUGAAAAUGUGUGACGAAUAGCACACUGACAUCAUUUUGGAGCUGCUUUUGUCAAUGUCUGUUGCUUCAGUCCAACAAAUUCACUGGAUCUUCUUUUUCCUCGCCUGUGCACACUGCAGUUGUUCUGUUCCGCUUUCAGCUCAUCUUGUCUGGAUUAGUCAGUUCCGUACUGGAUCAUCCUUUCUCUUCCACGUAGACGUUCCAAAGUUCUGCUGCUGUGAUUCUUACAAACAGUAUCCAUGUAAUGGAAUGAACGGUGGGAAAAUAGGAGCUUUAUUAUCCCUGUUUACUCUAUGGAAAUCAUCUGAGCGCUUCACAAAAGUGUGUGUAGAAAAAUUAGUCCCUGUACAGCGAUUAGUAGGUUGCACAUUUGAUUCCUCAUAAGGUUCUUUAAUCACAUUCCACAUUGCUCGUCAACUGUCGGAAUUGCUGGAGCUAUUCGAACACCCACAUGGAGAUGCUUCAAGGGAUACUGGCCAAAUUAACGCAUGUUUUGAUUGGUUGCAAUUCAUUAGUAUAGCAGGGGAAAAGCAACUAAAAGCUGAAAAAUACACCUCUAAAUCAAUUUUUUGGACUUUUACGACAACACCUUCGAUCGAACGGGCGCGUCCAUAUUGGCCGCGAAUCGCGGAAGUGACGUCACGCAUAUGUCACCUUGCCGGUUUCCUUAUUGACAACGCUCGUUUGAUCAAUGAAAAGGAAUAAAAAAAACAGAACUGUAUCGCAACAUUUUGUAGAGGUUUGGACCAAAAUAACUCUUGGCAUGCACAUAGGCGUAGUCUGCCAUGAAAAGGAUAUUUAUGCAGACCCCUAAGCAAGGAUAUGGAAAUAGGUGCAGAGCACACAAGGAAUAAGAGCAACUACUUUAUUCCUGGUGUGUGCUGACAAUCGCGAAUGCAACUUCCAAGAGAAAAGAGACCAAAAUGAAGACGAGGGUACAGUAGCUACAAGAAGGCCACAUUCACAAUUUCACUGCAGGGACAGUAUUUAUUUAUUCAACAUAGCAAUUCCAGCCUCGAGUUGAAGUCAAUCCAGCCACCACAAUGAUUGUUCAUACUAUGCAUUUCGGUAACACGCCGCCAACGGGCUGCGAGGGCCAACUUCAAAAUAAAAGACUGUCCUACCUACCCUUGUUGAAUGAGCUGAUGAAGCCUCCUCGGAUGAGAGGCGAAACAUCUUCUAAGACAACCAGAACAGCUCAGUUCAAUGCAAUGCCCCGAGGGGGCGCAGGGGACAACAACUUACAAAGCAGUGCUGUCUAUGUAUUAUUUGUUGGACUUUCAUUUUGAAGUUGGCUUCCGCAGCACGUUGGAGGCGUGGCACAGUGCUGUACAGUAUGAACAAUCGCUGUGGCGGCUGGCUUGACUGCGACCUUUUUCAUCUGCACUACAUCUUCCUCGGCCUAAGGAGGAGAAUAUCUCUCUGUAGGCCUAUUUGGUCGUGUUGGUUCCAAACAAUUCAGCUGAAUCCUUGCAAAGGCAUUAUCAAUACUACAGUAAAGUGUGCUAUGUCGCCCACACGUGACGUCUCGAUCCGGGUUAUCUGGUCACAUGUUCGAUCAAUAUGGCAGUAUGUACAGUUUUUCUUUUAAAAUAGCUUUUAAAGUUACUAAAGGUGUGUGAAAAUUCACCAUAUUUUAAAAUAAAUCACAACAAAAAUAACUUUUCACAGGUGCAAAGAAAAAAAAAUACUGUGAAAAAGAUACAGUAUCCCUUUAAGUGUUGUGGCUGCUGUUAAAUGUUUACGAUGAAAGGACCUCGGUGAGGUGUUUGGUAGCUCCACAUUCUUCCUGAAAAGAUUUUCCACACUUUACGGUGUUGAGUGUUCAGCCCAUAUGCACUUUGGAGGCAGGUUAUGUCAACCCAGUUCCUUAUUCAUUUAUUGUUUAUUUCUGUCUGCUAACUGAAUUUGUUUUGCACCAUCCAACGCAUUAUAUUGCUAAGUUAUUUAUCUAAAAAUAGGGCUAAAUUUCACCAGUGACUAUUAAGGAAAAUAAAGAUCAUUUAAUUUCAACACAGUUAAUUUACCGGUUCUUAUUAGGUUAGUAUUAAAUAAUUUUUUUAUUUUAUUUUUUUACUUUCUCAAUAUACUUAGCAGACAUCACAAUUAUCUACUUAAAAAUGUAUGUAGUAUGGCAUUUGAAACACACACAAUUCAUCGAUUGUGUAAAGCUACACAAAUGCACUCCAACAGUAUUUCCAGGCUUUGUAUGUUUGUGUUGUACAGAUUGACAGUCUAUAUGUUUUUGAAUGUUUUCUGAAACAAAUUGUAUAAUUGACUGAAUGUCAAACGUUGUUUUGUUUGAAAGGCUUUGUAUGAGGACUACUUUAAGAUGAUUUUGUUAAGUGACAUUCAAAACCAAUAGGAAAUAUACUCCUCUUUGACUUGUGAUUUAAUUCACGGAGCCUCAACUGGGAUCCUGACCUGAUAUAUCAAAUAUGAAUGCAAAUGAUCUUAAAUUUGUCAAUUAAGUAAUAGCCGUAGCACAGGACCAAAGUCGUGUCUUAUUCUGCUCUCAGAUUUGAAAGUUUGAUUGAAUUCACCUGAAAAUAUUAAUUUUACCUUCUGGUGUUAAUGAGAAAAUUGUUAAUUAAUGUGUUUUCCGUUUUCCCUUUGUUUUAACAUUCCUCUGUUGGCCUCCGAAAAUUGCACCAAAUAUGUUUUUUUUUUUUCGUUGUUGUUUUUGUUGUUGUUGUUUUUAUAAUAUGUAAAAAAAUUAUAUUGCAGCUGGUUCUGUUAGAUGAUUUUUGAUGAUGAUUUUUUUUUUUUUUUAAAGUAUUGUUGCUAUACUGAUAAGAAUAAUAAUUUCCAUGGGGUAAUUUCAGCUUAAAUUGUAACAUGGAAGUACACGGAAUUCUAGUGAUGAAGUAGAGUUCCUAGAAAUCUUUUUCCUCAGAUAGUCAAGCUGAACGGAAGAUUUAAAUAUGCUAAAUGGACAAACGAUAUACUGUAUUCCAGGACACACCUUGUUAUUAAAAAUAAUCAACAAUUACCAAUCAGAUUGGGUUAAACCAUUCCAACUGGAUGUUGCUGUAAUUCUUCAUCUUAUCAAGACAUUUUAGACAACCAUGUGCUUCCAAAAUGUUAGAUGAUUUUGAUAUGAAAGAUGUUGAGAGCCCUGACCUCAACCCCUUCAGACUUUUUUGAUCAAGUAAAUCAGAGCUAUUAAAUGAGUAUCCGUACCCUGAGUGGAAGUUGUUGUCGCUGCAAAGAGAGGACCAACUUUUCAUGGUUUAAUGGUGCCAGAUGUCCCAAUACUUCUGUCUAUAUAGUAUGUGUACACACAGCAUAGAGAUAACCAUGUUGCCUCCAAAAUAAAUUAAAUUGGAACUUCAGAAAUGUAUAGACAACUAUUGUGAUGAUUGCCUAUGGAAACCCGUUUUAGCAUUUCAAUAUCUAAUAUUCAAUAUCUUUGAUAUCUUGCUUAAGGUCCAUGUACGAAUAUGCUGCCCGUUUCCACCAGUAUGACAGUUCAGUGAACUUGUAGAAUGUCACAUGUAGUACUGUUGGCACACAGUUCACAACAGUUUUGCGUCACGAGUAACAUGUAGUCAUCCUACUUGUAUGGCAAAGGUAUCCGAUUUGUGUAUACAGUCGUGGAAAAAAAAACAUUACUAGUAAGACACAGUCGUUGUACUUUAGGGCUACGACAAAAAUCAAAUAACUUGGCUAAGUCGACUUCAAAAAUAGGUCGACAGAAUUUCUGCCUCGAAGCUCCGCCAGGACCAAAGAAGAAAAAAAAAUUCCUCCCGGAACCGUUUUUGCGCCAUCUAAACCAGUGUUUCACAGGGACAUUUGUUGCAGACGGACUCAGUGUUGGGCCACUGAUAAACUUUGCCAAAAAUGACAGAGGAGCAUCUGUGAUUUUUAAGACACUGUUAGAGGUUUAAGGUACAUAUAACAUGAUGUAUGAGUGAGGGGAAUGGUAGUUAGCGUUUUGUUUUGUUUUGUUUUGUUUUUUACCUAAACUGGUAAUCGCUAGUGCGCUAAUGCUAAUCACGAGUGGUAACCGUUUAGCAAAGGCUGAUUUUGUUGUCUCACAUUCUGUGUAGAGUUUAUACCAUACACUCAGUACCAACAUAUGCAGUUUAAGGAGAGAAGGGGCAGCAAUUACUCGAGUACGCAACGAAAUAUCUAUCGGAUAAUCGAUUCUAAAAAGAUUUGAUCGUGACAGCCCUAUUCUACCCGUAUUAGUACAAUGACGCAAUGACCUUUAGCUGGAUAUCAAGUUUUAUAGAAUAAAUGCUCAAACGGCUUUACGUAAUUGGCGAUUCUUUCUGGAUUAUUGGUAGUAAACGUGCCAGUGGUGCUUCAUCUCAUUCAAGCUGUAUCACAAAAUCGAGAACCUGGCGCAUUUCCGCCUACACCUUCACUGAUUGAGCCCACGCAGCAUCUCCCAAGCCUCCACCAUCAAAUCUUUUCACUUUAUCAACAUGUCUCCUCUUGGUGCAUUUCAUUCCCCCUUCACUUUCCCUCCACUCCACUUUCAUCUUCCUUAUCAUCUUUGUUCCCAAGUGUUGAUCACUUUCUCUUCGCAUUCCAUCCACCCCCAGCUCUGCAUCACAAAGCUUCUGGUAGUGUCACUGAAUGCAGUCAUGUCAUAUCAGGUGACAUGUAAGGCUGCAUACUCUCCUUGUGCUGCACUCAUACAGGGAAGCAUUAGUACUACAGUUUAUGGAUUGUUGCAUGAUUAGUUUUUCACCUAAAACCCAUUAAAAUUAAGACCAUGGAUUGAUUUGACCAGUCUACAAAACAACUCAUGUUUGCUUUCGGACCUACUUUUUCCACAUUUGCAGUAAAUUUUGACUGUCACAUUUAAUGCAUAGUUGCACAUUUACAAAAUGACAGUCACAAUCUAAUGCCACCAAACCAAGUAAAUAGUUAGAAACAUUAGAUUUAGCUUACUGAAUAAUCAUAUCGCUUCUUGCCAAAGAUUCAUGGGAGUGUGUAUAGAAUUAGCAGGGCAAAAAUUAUGGAAAGAGGAGUAGCUGGUGGCAGUGGAAGAAGGACCUUGAAUGUUACAUACAGAUGCAUUUUUACUUGAUCCGAAAUGUUUCAUUAGAGUGUGUCAAACUGAGGAACUGACUGUUUUUUCUGUACUUUUUAUAUAGUAUAAUGAUGAUGUCAUGUUAAGAUGAAGGCAGUUCAUAGCCAACAGCUCCCAGCUGUUGUCAAGACAAUAUGGACCUGAUGAUGUUUGUACUAUAAACACAGAACAACUGUGUGCUUGUCAUUGUAUCUUAAUUCUGAGACGCAAUUGAGAUUUGAAUAUUUUGUAGAAAGAAUACAUAUUGACUAUUUUGUAGAAAGAAUACAUAUUUCCAAACCCUGUAUCAAUUCUAAAGAUUUGUUACUUUGUUUUUGUCUUUUUUGCACUGGAUCUAUGUUUUAUUGCUUGGUGGUAAUGGCAUGCUAACAUAUGUUUGUAUGCAAAGUGGUGGAAGAUGACAAUAAAUAUUGAAUUGAAUUCA